GAGUAGGAUAGAGUCGGAUACCAAAGCAAGCUUGAAACGAAACAGCGACUUCUACAAAUAUCGCGCGAUAAACAAAAGUGGUAAUAAAUUAUUCAAAAAGUGCAGAAAAAGGGAUAUUUCCAUUUCAACUGUCCCAUCUUUUGGUUCUCAUUUGCCCAACGAUACUCUUAUCUUCUUCACCUUUUCCUUCGUCUUAUCAGUUUCAUCAUCGCUCCUCCUUCACCACCUCCGCCUCCUAGGAACCGCUUUUUUCCUAGUUUCGACUUCCUCAAUUGCUUCUGCUGAGUAGAUAGUUGCAGCGGUGAACUCUAAUGGGUCGAUUAUGCGAUUUUUGCGGGGAGCAAAGAUCCAUAAUCCAUUGUAGGUCUGAUGCUGCUUGCUUGUGCUUAUCCUGUGAUCGGAAUGUUCAUUCAGCGAAUGCUCUUUCGAAGCGCCACUUGAGGACGCUUUUGUGUGAAAGAUGCCACUCUCAGCCUGCGAUAACGAGGUGCAUCCAAGAGAGCACCUCACUUUGUCAAGACUGCAACUGGUCUGGCCAUGCUGCUGUACCGGCUUCAGAUGUUGAGCAUAAGAGAGAGAUGAUAAAUUUGUAUUCUGGCUGCCCUUCGGCAGCUGAUUUUUCAAGGAUCUGGUCCUUCUUUUCUGUUGAUAAGUCAAUUAGUAAUCCUGAACCAGAUCCGAUGAGACUUGAAGAAAGAGAAGAAAGUCCCUCCCGAUGUGAGUUGUCGCAUGCGGAUUGCUGUACAGAAGAUACUGGUAUGGAAAUAAUAGCUCCCGAUGCUGUGCAGUUUGAUGGAAAAGGACCACUAGAUUCUCUGAACCUGAAGGCUAGUCCGCCAAAGAAAGAUCCUGGACCCACUCAAGAGGCUCCCUCCCAGAACUUUUAUAUCUCAGACACUGAGUUGAGUUUAGACGACUAUGAAGCACUCUUUGACGAAUCUCGUGAUGAAACACAACAAUUUUUUGACAAUGGUGGAGCUGAUAGCUUUUAUGGAAUGCGUGAUAUGUAUGACAAUGAAUGCAAUGUUAAGGGUGUGACGGCAAAGGCCUCAAGUUCGAAGGUUGGAACAUUGAAGCAGGAUUGCAGCAAUCAAUUAUCAGUCGAGUCCAUGACAAGCUGUAAAUCUGAUUCAAAUGAUUGUGUCCCAAGACCAGCACAAUCUACCCACUCAAUCUCUUUCUCAGGCCAGACAACCAAGUGCAACAUCGGAGAUCUCCCUGAGAAUGGAGGGUUUUCAUCAGUAAUGAUGGAGGAACAUCAAUAUGAUGUUCAGUUUUCAUCAGCUGUCAGGGACGAUGCAGUGUUACGAUACAAAGAGAAAAGGAAGUCUCGCAAGUUUGAUAAAAAAAUAAGGUAUGCUUCACGCAAGGAAAGAGCUGAUGUCAGGAAGCGUGUGAAGGGCCGUUUUGUAAAAGCUGGAGAUCCGUACGAUUAUGAUCCUUUGGACCUGAUCAAAAGCCAAUGAAUGCUUCAUUUCAGGAUAUGUAUUUGAAGCCUGAAAUAUAAUUAAGAAAGAUGUAUUUGAAGGCCUGAUAUGCAGGAGACUGAAGUGAUGGAGAUGCUAUUUCCUGAGGGAGAUGCCUCAAACCACCUCACAACGAACAGGUUCCUGCCGCCUGUAUUCUUAGAGAUAGACCGAGUGGCACGGUACUUUCUUUCUCAUAAAAGAGGCAAAUGGAUAUUCAUUUUCUCAGAAAAAAAAGGCAGCUCUUUGGUGGUACACAGGCUCCCCACUUCAAUGGAUUUUGAAGUAUGUAGUUUGUUUUGUUGCUCACACACUGUAAUCUGAAACCAAAACCCCUACAUUGUAUGUAAAUUAGAGUAUCAUGGUAUGUACUUUGCGGGUUCUUCGCC